AUGCACAAUAAACUCCUGUGUCUCUGGGCAACAGCACAGGUUGGUGAUAAUCGGCUUCUUAAAGAGCCAGAUUUUGAACUCGGCUUGUUGUUGUACGAGUGCUAUCCAGCAUAUCAACGCUUUUCAGGCUUUUUGUCGGCCAUCACUCAUCACCGUCAGGCUAUUGCUAUUGCAAGGCCUUUUGCAGAAAGGGAUGAACUCUCCAAAAUCCCUUUCCUAGGACCUGCUGUGUUGUGCGGUGCGUACCAAAAGGUAGGGGCACCUGUGGAUGUAGGAGGAGAGUUGGACCCAACUCUUAUGGUCGCGACAAUGGGCCUACAGGGACCGCUGUUACGACCCAACCUCUUACGAAGCCGGGAAGCUUAA